GCGGAGAUGGGGCAGCAUUACACUGAGCCAAGAAUGGAAGUGACUGUACUGAACUGGACUCUGGUGACCUGCUUACUGUUUAACACCCCUUUGUUAGAGUGCCUCAGUGUCCACCUCUCUGAACAUUCAAAGCCAGGGACUUUAGUGCUGGAUCUGGCUGCAGAUGAGACCUGUGCGAUCCAGUGGAUCUCUGCGCCGUGGUUCAUCAGGAGAUAUUUGGACAUUGACUGGGUUGCGGGGACAGUCCGGAUCUCCCAGCGCCUGCACUGCAGACACUUGCCCAACAACCCAUUCAGCAUUCACCUGAGCAGACAGUGCCCCGGAGCCGGCCAGCUCGGACCCCAUCCCAGCUCCAUCCAGCGCCUGGAUGUCCACGUUCACGGCCACAACUGCUUCACCAAGUACCGGCGGAAGGCAGGGCGCAGCGGCAGCAGCGGCGGCGGCGGCGGCGGGGGGGAUUUGGAGGUUGUGAGCGGCGUGCGGGGCGUCCGGGAGCCCACUUCGGUCUGCAUCCCGGCCCGGGAACCGCUGCUCGCCGUUGGCCAGCUCCUGGGCGCUUCCCGGCGGAGCUGCGAGCCGCGGGGCUGUCAGGUGCUGGCCACAAGCCGCUUCGCCCUCUCCCGGGACGGGCAGCUGUUUAGCCCGGACAGGGUGUGCCUGGAGCAGCCCGCUUACAUCCCGGUGCAGCUCCGGUGUCGCGGCUGCUCACCUUUCGAAGCCCGAGGCGGAAGGGGACAAGGCGACACCUUGGAUGAUUUCAGGAUUAAUUUACAAUUGGCCCUGGGCUCUUUAAGGGAAAGUGGUUUCAAAGAGUUAUCACCGGGUGGCGAGGGAGCCGGGAAUAAAAGGCGGAAGAAGAGAAACGUGAACACUGGUCCUCAGUUCCAACCCCCCAUUUACCAAGUGUCAGUGCCAGAGAACAAGCCGCCGGGGACCAGGGUGAUCUCGGUUAAGGCAGUGGACCCCGAUGAGGGGGAGGCGGGCAGGGUGGAGUACUCCAUGGACGCUCUGUUCGACAGCAGGUCCAACAGCCUGUUUGUCAUCGAGCCAGACACCGGGGUUGUGAGCACCGCCGAGAGCCUGGACCGGGAGACCAAGGACACCCAUGUGUUCAGGGUGACCGCCCUCGAUCACGGUCUCCCCAGGCGCUCCGCCAUGGCCACCCUCACAGUCACUGUCAGUGACACCAACGACCACGACCCGCUGUUCGAGCAGCAGGAGUACAAGGAGAGUGUGAGGGAGAACUUGGAGAUUGGCUACGAGGUCCUGACCGUGAGGGCAACCGAUGGGGAUGCCCCGCCUAAUGCCAACAUCUUGUACCAGAUUCUCAACAAUGAAGGGGAGAACGCGGUUUUCGAGAUUGACCAUAGGUCUGGAGUGUUGAGGACCAGAGGGCCAGUAGACAGGGAGACUGUGGAGUCCUAUCAGUUAUUUGUGGAGGCUAACGAUCAAGGGAGAAAUCCUGGUCCGCGUAGCUCCACUGCUACUGUGCACAUAACGGUGGAGGAUGACAACGAUAAUACCCCUCAGUUUAGUGAGAAACGGUACGUAAUCCAAAUUCUGGAAGACAUUACCCCCAAUACGCAGGUUCUGCAGGUCACAGCUUCUGAUAGAGACAAGGGCAACAAUGCCUUGGUUCAUUACAGCAUCAUGAGUGGCAAUACCCGUGGGCAGUUCUACAUAGAUGCCCAAAGUGGGAGCAUUGACGUUGUGAGCCAUUUGGACUACGAGAUGAACAAAGAGUACACACUAAGAAUCAGGGCACAGGAUGGUGGAAGACCCCCAUUGUCAAACAUCACUGGGUUAGUGACAGUACAAGUGGUUGAUGUGAAUGACAAUGCACCCAUAUUUGUCAGCACUCCUUUUCAGUCAACAGUCCUGGAGAAUGUGCCAAUAGGCUAUUCAAUUAUUCAUGUACAGGCAAUAGACGCUGAUUCAGGGAACAAUUCCCGUUUGGAAUACAGGUUAAUAAAUACACCUGCAGAUUUCCCCUUCUCCAUCAACAACAACACUGGCUGGAUUGUGGUUGGUUCAGAAUUAGAUAGGGAGGCGACAGAUUUUUACAAUUUUGCUGUUGAAGCAAGGGAUCAGGGAUCACCUCCAAUGUCAUCCUCUGCUAGCGUCAGCAUCACUGUACUAGAUGUGAAUGAUAAUAAUCCUGAAUUUAGCCAGAAAUUAUAUCAGAUAAGACUGAAUGAAGAUGCAGCUGUUGGCUCCAGUGUGGUAACUGUAUCUGCAAUAGACAGGGAUGUCAACAGUGUCGUUACAUAUCAGAUUUCCAGUGGUAAUACGCGAAACCGCUUUUCAAUAACUAGCCAAAGUGGAGGUGGUCUGAUAACCUUGGCCUUGCCAUUGGAUUACAAACUGGAGAGACAGUACAUCUUAACUGUAACAGCCAGUGAUGGGACACGAUUUGACACUGUUCAGGUGUUAAUUAAUGUUACAGAUGCAAAUACACACAGACCAGUAUUUCAGAGUUCCCAUUAUACAGUUAAUAUCAAUGAAGACAAACCUGUUGGUACAACAGUAGUGAUCAUAAGUGCAACUGAUGAAGACACUGGUGAAAAUGCUAGAAUUACUUAUUUCAUGGAAGAUAGCAUACCUCAGUUUAAAAUUGAACCAGACUCGGGUGCGGUUACGACACUAAUGGAGCUUGACUAUGAAGACCAAGUAUCGUACACUUUGGCAAUUACUGCAAAAGACAAUGGAAUUCCUCAAAAGUCUGACACCACAUAUCUUGAAAUUCUAGUGAACGACGUAAACGACAAUGCACCUCAAUUCCUAAGAGACCAUUAUCAAGGGUCAGUUUAUGAAGAUGUCCCUACGUUUACAAGUGUACUUCAGAUAUCCGCCACUGACCGUGAUUCAGGAUUGAAUGGUAGAGUGUUUUACACUUUCCAAGGCGGGGAUGAUGGAGAUGGGGACUUCAUCAUUGAGACCACAUCUGGUAUAGUUAGAACCUUGCGCAGGCUCGAUAGAGAGAAUGUUCAGAUGUACAUCCUGAAGGCUUUUGCAGUGGAUAAAGGUAUUCCUGCAAUGAGGACUCCAAUAGAUGUCCAAGUUGCAGUAUUGGAUGUUAAUGACAACCCUCCAGUUUUUGAAAAGGAUGAAUUUGAUAUCUUUGUGGAUGAAAACAGUCCAAUAGGAUUAGUGGUGGCCCGUAUCACUGCCACAGACCCAGAUGAAGGUACAAAUGCACAAAUCAUGUAUCAAAUUGUGGAGGGGAAUAUUCCUGAAGUUUUUCAGCUGGAUAUUUUUUCUGGAGAGUUGACAGCUCUGAUGGAUUUGGAUUACGAAGCUAAAUCUGAAUAUGUCAUUGUAGUUCAAGCUACAUCAGCACCUCUUGUCAGCAGAGCAACAGUUCAUAUCCGUCUAUUGGAUAAAAACGACAAUUUCCCAGUGCUGAAAAAUUUUAAGAUCAUUUUCAACAAUUAUGUCACAAAUAAAUCUAGCAGUUUUCCUACUGGGGUAAUUGGCAGAAUUCCAGCUCACGACCCAGAUAUCUCUGAUACUCUUCAUUACAGCUUUGACCAUGGAAAUGAAUUAAAUCUAGUCAUUCUCAAUCAAACCACAGGGGAAUUAAGUUUGAGUCAUGCUCUGGACAACAACAGGCCACUUGAAGCGACCAUGAGAGUUUCUGUGUCAGAUGGCAUUCACAGUGUUACAGCCCAGUGUACGCUGCAGGUCACUAUUGUCACUGAUGAAAUGUUGAGCAACAGCAUUACCUUACGUCUGGAGAACAUGUCCCAAGAGAAGUUUCUCUCUCCGCUCCUAUCUUUGUUUGUUGAAGGAGUGGCCACCGUAUUAUCGGCAAUGAAAGAGGACAUUGUGAUAUUCAACAUACAAAAUGACACAGACGUAAGGGCCACUAUCCUUAAUGUCAGUCUGUCUGUCUUGUUACCUGGUGGAGCCCAAAAUCAAUUUUUCUCUUCUGAGGACUUACAGGAGCAGAUUUACCUCAACCGCACUCUUCUGACAGCCAUCUCCACACAAAGGGUGCUCCCAUUUGAUGACAACAUUUGCCUCCGGGAACCUUGUGAGAAUUACAUGAAGUGUGUGUCUGUGUUGAAGUUUGAUAGCUCCGCCCCGUUCAUCACCUCGGAUACAAUUUUGUUUCGUCCCAUCCAUCCGAUAAAUGGUUUGAGGUGUAGGUGCCCAGCAGGGUUUACUGGAGACUACUGUGAAACAGAAAUUGACCUCUGUUACUCAAACCCCUGUGGAAACAAUGGGAUUUGUCGAAGUAGAGAAGGAGGAUAUACCUGUGAGUGCAAUGAAGACUACACAGGUAACCACUGUGAAGUGAAUUCCAGAUCAGGCCGAUGUUCUCCUGGAAUUUGUCGGAAUGGUGGAACAUGUGUUAACCUGCUGGUCGGAGGUUUCAAGUGCGACUGCCUUCCAGGAGAAUAUGAGAAGCCAUAUUGCGAGAUGACCACUCGGAGCUUCCCUCCACAGUCAUUCAUAACCUUCAAAGGUUUGCGGCAACGCUUUCACUUCAGCAUCUCACUCACGUUUGCUACCAAGGAGAAGAACGGCUUGCUGUUGUAUAAUGGACGUUUUAAUGAAAAGCAUGACUUCAUUGCCUUGGAGAUUAUUAAUGAACAGAUUCAGUUAACAUUCUCUGCAGGCGAGUCAACAACUAUGGUAACCCCCUUCAUCCCGGGAGGUGUGAGUGAUGGACAGUGGCACACCGUCCAGUUGCAGUAUUACAACAAGCCAGUUAUUGGGAAGUCAGGUGUUCCUCAAGGACCUUCUGAGCAAAAGGUUGCUGUGGUUACUGUUGAUGACUGUGAUACUUCUGUUGCAUUGCGCUUUGGCAGCUUCAUUGGGAAUUAUUCCUGUUCAGCUCAAGGUACUCAGUCUGGAUCAAAAAAGUCCCUGGAUUUGACAGGUCCUUUGCUUCUUGGUGGAGUUCCAAACCUGCCUGAGGACUUUCCUCUUCAGAACCAUGAAUUUAUGGGAUGCAUGAAAAACUUGUUUAUAGAUAACCAGCAAAUUGAUAUGGCUGAUUUCAUAGCAAAUAAUGGCACAGUAUCAGGGUGCUCUGCAAAGUGGAAUUUCUGUGAUUCAAAUACAUGCAAGAAUGGAGGGACUUGUGUGAACAGAUGGGAGACCUUCAGUUGUGAGUGUCCCUUGGGCUUUGGAGGCAAGAACUGUGAGCAAGUAAUGGCCAGUCCCCAGCGGUUCCUGGGCAACAGCCUUGUUUCAUGGAGUAAUCUUGACAGCACAAUCACUUUGCCCUGGUACAUUGGGCUGAUGUUCCGUACACGGCAGGCAACUGGCAUCUUUAUCCAGGCAGACGCCGCUCAAUUCUCAACAGUCAGCGUUCAGCUCAGUGAGGGAAAUGUGGUGCUAAGUGUGUAUCGCUCGAGCAGUCGGGUCACCGUACUGACAAUGGACCAAAUAAAAGUGAAUGAUGGUGAUUGGCACCACUUGCAACUAGAACUUAAAAGUUCCAAAGAUGGGAUGGAAACAAAAUACACAGCUCUCGUGUCUAUAGACUAUGGACAUCACCAGACAAUGGUGGAAAUUGGUAAUGAACUGCAUGGGCUGAAUCUGAAAACAAUCAGUGUUGGUGGAAUCUCAGGGAAUGACGGCAGUGUUCUUCAUGGGUUCCGAGGAUGCAUACAGGGGGUGCGAAUUGGUGAGACACCAUCCACAGCAGUGGCAUUGAAUGUAAACCAUGCUGAGAAGGUGAAUGUGGAGAGAGGCUGCAGCAUUCCUGAUCCCUGUGACUCCAGCCCGUGCCCUACAAACAGCUACUGCAGCGAUGACUGGGAUAGCUACUCCUGCAGCUGUGACCCAGGUUACUAUGGUGCGGAAUGUAAGGAUGUGUGCUCCCUAAAUCCCUGUGAACAUCUGUCUGUAUGUACCCGCAAACCCAGUUCUUCACAUGGCUACACUUGUGACUGCUCAGUGAAUUAUUUUGGACAGUACUGUGAGACCAGGAUUGAUCAGCCUUGUCCCAAAGGAUGGUGGGGGCAUCCUAUCUGUGGGCCCUGUAACUGUGAUACAAGCAAUGGAUUUGAUGCAGACUGUAACAAGACCUCAGGAGAAUGCAGGUGCAAGGAAAAUCAUUACUGGCCACCAGGAAGCAAUGCCUGCUACCCAUGUGACUGUUACUCAAUUGGUUCGCUUGCUCGCUCAUGUGAUAUGGAAACAGGACAGUGCCAAUGUAAGCCUGGUGUGAUUGGACGACAGUGCGACCACUGUGACAAUCCUUUUGCAGAAGUCUUCACAAAUGGAUGUGAAGUGAUUUAUGACAGUUGCCCACGAGCCAUGGAGGCAGAGAUCUGGUGGCCUAGAACUAAGUUUGGACUCCCUGCUGCAGUGCCUUGUCCCAAAGGGUCAAUGGGAACAGGAAUCCGACACUGUGAUGAACAUAGGGGCUGGCUCCCUCCUGAUCUCUUUAAUUGUACCACCAAUACCUUCGCAGAGCUGAAAACCUUUGCUGAUAAAUUGAAACGAAAUGAAACGUUGCUGGAUAUGGGAAAAUCCAAGAAAAUUGCCCUAAUGUUGCGGAAUGCCACUCAGCACACGGAUGAAUAUUUUGGCAGUGAUGUAAAGAUAGCGUACCAUGUGACCUCAAAAAUCUUAGAAUUUGAGAACACGCAGCAGGGCUUUGACUUAGCUGCAACCCAGGAUGUCCAGUUCACAGAGAACCUUAUCAAAGUUGGAAGUGCUAUUCUUGACGUAAGUAACAAAAAGCACUGGGACAUGAUCCAGCAAACAGAUGGAGGGACUGCACACCUGCUAAGACACUAUGAGGAUUAUGCAAAUGCUCUGGCACAAAACAUGAGAAAAACCUACCUCAGCCCCUUCACCAUCGUUACACCUAAUAUUGUUAUUUCAGUAGAUCGUCUUCACAAAAUGAACUUCUCAGGAGUGAAACUUCCACGGUAUGACAUUAUCCGAGGAGAAAAACCUGAAGACUUGGAGACCAUUGCAAUCCUUCCAGAAUCAAUCUUCACACCUGCAGAAAUUAAAGUUUCUUUACCAGAAAACCCUAAAGCCCCAGCCUCCUCAUCUGAAGAUGAAAGCACAGCUCUGAACCGAAAACGAAGACAGUCUGAUUCAAUUGAGCAGGACGCCAUCGCUAGUAUAAUUAUCUAUUGGACACUGGGAGAGCUUUUACCAGAACAGUAUGACCCUGACAAAAGAAGUCUGAGGGUUCCUAAGCGACCUGUCAUUAACAGCCCCAUUGUAAGUAUUGCUGUUCAUGACAACGAUGAGUUACUGCAGCACCAGCUGGAAAAACCAAUCAGGGUGCAGUACAGGCUUUUUGAAACUGAAGAGCGAUCCAAGCCAAUUUGUGUCUUCUGGAACCAUUCCAUCCCUGUUGGUGGAACAGGAGGCUGGUCAUCCAAAGGAUGUGAAUUAGUCUUCAGGAACGAGACCCACAUCAGCUGCCAGUGUAAUCAUAUGACGAGCUUUGCUGUUCUCAUGGACAUUUCCAGACGAGAGAAUGGUGAAAUUCUACCUCUGAAGCUGGUCACAUACUCCACUGUGGCUGUCUCACUGGGUGCUUUGCUGCUGUCCUUCUUGAUCCUCCUAUUUCUGAGGACCCUUCGUUCAAACCAGCACAGCAUCAGUAAAAACAUGGUCGUGGCGCUCUUUUUCUCUGAGCUCAUCUUCAUCCUUGGCAUUAACCAAGCAGAUAAUCCAUUUGUCUGCACUGUGAUUGCCAUUCUGCUUCAUUUCUUCUACAUGUGCACUUUUGCCUGGAUGUUCUUGGAAGGGCUUCAUAUUUACCGCAUGUUAACCGAGGUCCGUGACAUCAACUAUGGCCCCAUGAGGUUCUACUACAUGGUUGGCUGGGGUGUCCCCGCCUUUAUCACAGGGUUAGCUGUUGGCCUUGAUCCUGAGGGUUAUGGUAAUCCUGAUUUCUGUUGGCUGUCCAUCUAUGACACCUUGAUAUGGAGUUUUGCAGGGCCCAUAUCUGCAGCAGUUUCUAUGAAUGUUUUCCUCUAUAUUCUGUCCGCCAAAGCUUCUUGCCGACCAAGACACCAAGGUUUUGAGAAGAAGGGAACUGUAUCUGGAUUGCGUACUGCAUUUCUGGUGCUGCUGCUUGUCAGCACCACUUGGCUUUUGGCCUUGCUGGCUGUGAACAGUGACAGCAUUAUUUUCCACUACCUCUUCGCUGGUUUUAAUUGUCUUCAGGGUCCAUUCAUCUUCAUCUUCCGCUGCAUCCUUAACGAGGAAGUAAGAAAAGCCUUUAAGUAUGCUUUCAGUAAGAAGCACACAGAUGAUAUUGUGGGCACAACGAAAUCAACACUGGCAUCACAGUCAUUAUGUAAUAACACAUACAUUGACGGUCGUGUGUAUCGCUCAGCCUUUGGAGAUUCGACUGGGUCAGUAAGCAGUGCUUCAAGGUCAGGGAAAAGCCACAACAGCUACAUUGCAUUUGUUCUCAGGGAAGAAGCUGCUUUGAAUAACAGUACCUCGAGUCAAGCCCAUGUUGCCCUCACUGACCAUGCCACUUCCUUAUUCCAUGAGAUUAAGGCAAACCCAGAUGAACACGAUUCAGACUCCGACAGUGAUUUGUCUCUGGAAGAUGACCAAAGUGGAUCUUAUGCCUCCACUCAUUCUUCAGAUAGUGAAGAAGAUGAUUAUCAAGGAGAGCCAGGUUGGGAGAAAAUUAUAUCCCCAAAUAAUGAAAAACAUCCUAACCACAGUACUCCAAAAGUGGACAACAUAACUGCGCACGUGAAACCUUAUUGGCCAGGGGAGUUUAUGACAACAGCAAGUGAGAGUGAAAGCCAUGGUGGGUCAGAGAAUUUGAAAGUCGAAACUGUGGCAAACAUUGAACUUCACCGAGAAAAACUUAACCAUUUGGAUGAAAAACCAAAGGAGAAUGGAGACAGUCUGUACAAAGAAAAUACAUUAACAUCAUUUCCUAACCCUAAUGCACAGCCUCAGAAAGGAAUUCUGAAAAAUAAAGCAUUACCACUAUUCUCAGAGAAGAACAGCAUCAAUCGAAUUCAUAAUGAACUUUCCAAUCAUAAACCUGCCACUGUCUCCUCACGAGCAUCUUCAGUGGGAUCCAGUGAAGGAAGUCGGUCAGGAGGUGUAACAAAACUGAGGCAAACAACAGGGGAGCAGAUGAAUGGAGUAAUGCCCAUACCCAUGAGCAUUAAAACGGGCACAGUGGAUGAAGAUUCAUCAGGCUCCGAUAGCAGUGAUGAGACCUCGAUAUGACUUCUCAUGUCAACAUAGGACACGAUGGAUUGCUAAAGCUGCAACGAUGUCACUUUGCUUACUUCAGGCAGCUCUGGUAACUUAUUGUGCCUUGUCCCAAGGUACAACACUGCACAUAAGUGAACUCUCUAAUGUGGAAAGGAAAGAAACUGCCAUCAUCAAAGUGUGUGUCUGGAAGAAGUGACUUGUUACUGUCAGUGCCAAAUCAUGCUGAGACGCUGUUCUGUUUGCACACAGUGCUGUGGACAAAGUGGGUGCUUGGAGACUAAAUUACACAAUAAGCAAAACGCACCCAGACAUACUUUUUAGCAGUGAGGACAGAACAUAGAGCAAAUAACAUUCAAAGAAGCAAAUUAGAGCUUCAGAAUUUCAUGUUCUCAAACAAUGUGCAGAAGAAUGGAAGACUUAAAGCUUCAGGGAAUUUAUUGUAACUACUGUUUAUAUGAUGAUUCAUGAUAUGGUUCAUAAUUAUAGCCCUGUGUCCAAAACUCCCCUAGACAAUCUCGAUCACAAGCUUAUUUGAUUCUUUGACUGUCCCAGUUUUAGGUUAUAAGAGAUAUACAUUAUAGGAAUCAUAUCAAUUGCCUUACACUAAGGUACAGAAUCUGUAACUAUGGCCACCUUAAGUUUAAACCUACAGGGUUUUUUUGAUGUGUAAAGAAAAACAUUUAAUUAUGUUAAAAUUAAGCAAAAGUUUGGCUGCACUCUAGACAUGGCUUUUUUGUUUUAUCAAUCAAAUGUUCAAUACAGUAGUAAUUGAUCAAGUAUAUUUUUACACACACACAAUUAUUUCAGUACUAUUAGGAAUUGAUGCAUGGAGGAGUAAAAACAUUACUUGGCCUGCUUUAUUUGUUAAUGAUAGACCUUUAUUUACAAUCCAAGAAUCCAGUUAGGCAUUUUUUUAAAUGGGUGUUUGGUAUUUUUUUUAAUGUUACUGAGUUUGUCUUUCGGAAACUACAUUUGUCACAGGUUGCGCUCCUCACCAUGAGCAGAGCUGAAUGCUGCACCUAGAGAAAUACAAGCCGGUAAACUUGAACCACAUUCACCAAAUGUGGGGGAAAGAAAAAUGCCUUUAGCCACAUGGCCUUCAUGCUCCAGCUCUAGUGGAGUUGUCCUCAGACCAAUGCCUCCUUAAACAUUUUUUUUUUACAAGACAGUUGUUUGUAGAUAUUUUGAUAUAAUUUGUAAGUUGUCUUGAGAGAAAAUGUGUGCUGUACAUGCUUUUCUGUUUAAAGUUGGUUAACAUAGUCCUUAAAAGAAAAGUGAGUAGGAAAUCCAGGAUGUUUUAUUUAAAGAAUGCUGCUCAUUUUUUUUCUGUUAAUAUGAUGUUUGUCCAUAUUGUAUAGAUUCAAUGUUUUGACUGAAAGCAAAGGCUUCCAUUAUUUUAUCUGAAGAAAAUUUGGUAAUGAUUUUUCCAUUAUUGUCAUCACCACAAAAGACCAGAAACUAAAUGCUUUCUAACAGUGAAUUGUACAGUGAAUUCCUUAAUGUAUAUACUGUAGGUUUUUAAAUAAAUGUAGUUGAAACAGAUACAGUGACCUGAAA